AUGCAAAAAGAGAAGAAUCAAUAUCAUCACUAUAUUCCAAGAUUCAUUCUUCGAAAUUUUGCUAUUAAUAAGUAUGAAAGGAUAUUUGUGAGCAAUGUAAUGGUGUCCAAAAAACAAAAGCAGAACUUUAAGAAAAAGAAUAAGGAAGAUGCACUCCUUCAAGUUUAUGAUAGAAAAAAUAAUCAGUUUGGCAUCUCUUUCGUUUCAAAAACUUAUGGAAUCGUGAAUAUGUAUAAAGAUUUUAACCAUGAAGAUGCGAUGCGAGUAGAAGGCAAACUUUCUACAUUAGAAACGCAAGCAUCAAAUGUAAUUCAUAAUAUUGUUAACGCAUCCCAAAAUGGAAAUCAAGUAGAUUUAUCUAGCACAGACCUCAAUAAUUUACGAAA